CGCUGUCGUGUGGAUAACAUUGUAUCUGACGUGCUAAUAAUAAUAUUCAUUGAUUUCCCUUAUUCGCACGGUGAAGCUUACCAAUUUGUGCGAUAGUCCACCUCAAAUUAAAAAAAAAAAAGUUGCAGAUGUGUCCUUUUGAAUGAGAAAAGAACCGAUAUUAAUUUUAAACUUCUCUCAACAGUGGUAUUUCCACAAUGGAAAACGUACUCAUAGUUGGGCGACAAUUUAGCGAUUUUAAUGAGCUUCAGAAUGCAAUCAGACAGUUGGAAGCAGAGACCCAUGCGAAAUUCGUCAUUGGUUCAAGCAGGAAGGCUGAGUCGAGAAACAAGACGUUAUCCACGAAGAAUAUCGCUUAUCACCCCAAAUUCGUCUAUACCAGCGUGUCUUUCGCCUGCAAACACUAUGGCCAAGCGAGAAAAAGACCAGGGCUCGGGGUUCGGCCAAAUCAAAGGUCUUUUAAAUUGGAUUGCCCUGCCCGUGUGCUGGCCUAUGCUGACAGACACAAAGACUGCUUCGUGAUCUCCAAAUCCUGCCUUACUCACAACCAUGACGUCAGCGCAGACGCUUACAACCAGUAUCCUGAGUCUCGCCGGCUAAGCCAAACGGAAAAGGAAAAAGCAGAGGAAUUACUGCGACUUAAUCUUUCUCCAGCUAAAGUGAAGGAUUACUUGAAUUCAUUGACCGGCAAAUGCAUCACAGCCAAGGAUAUAUAUAAUUUGAAACUGAAGCUCAGCAGCGUCGACACAAAGAAGGAUUCUAGCCUGUCAAUUUCACACCCAGAUGUGGUCCGACGCGUUAUCAAAGACGAAGAUUUCGCUUGCGACGCUUAUGAGGACAAGUCUGACUGUACUGUCCCAGAUGAGAAUCGCUGGAGCCCAGCUCUUCCCGGCGUUAACAGCGUCGACGCAAUUAACUUUGGAAAAUGUAACCAGCAAAUUGAUAAACCAGCAUUCAAGACACAGGCUUCUCAGACCGAAGUACCAUGUAAAUGUCGCGGUGCAGUUAGCUCGAAGACAAUGACGUCAAACACCAGCAAAAUGGAGAAGCCUCUUUCUCUGAUAUGGGGGUGCGAAUUGAAUGACAAAAACAAGACGGCUACCUUUGUAUCAGAUGACACGAAAUAUCAACACCAACUGGCAUUGAGGACGAUCUGCUUGGGCGCAGAAGCCAAAGACGAGUUCAAUGUGGUCGAAAUCGUGCCAGGCGAGGGAGAGGGUGCGGAUGCGAAGCCAGUCCCGCUUGCAACUUUGAAGAGUUCGGUCAUGCCAACGGUGACUAUAUCCGGAAUUGAACUCCCCCCUCAGGUUACAUUUAGGCUUAAAGCUGGUUCUGGCCCGGUUUAUAUCAGUGCACAACAUAUAUUGGAGGAAGAUUUAUCCUUUGACGAAGAGGAUGGUGAAGAGGAGGAGGAUGAAGAAGUGGAUGAGGAAAUUGAGGAAAGUCCUCCCAAACCAGUAAAGAGGGCAGCCUCCAAUAAAAAAUCAGCACCAACGAAGAGAAAGAACACUGACGAGGAGGAGGAUGAGGAGGAAGAACUGGCUUCGGAGGAGGAAAGCCCACCUAAAAAGGGCAAAGGAAGAGGAAGGAAACCAGCUGCCAAGAAGUAGUUGCAGUUUUUCAGUUAAAUGUCUUUGGCGUGACAAAGGAGAUGGCUGCUGGAAUGACCUGCUUUGGAACCUGGUGACAGUCUGUGAGUGGAAACAGGAGCUGGACUUUAUUUGUUUAGUGUUUAAGUGCUGUCUCUUGGGGUGUCUAGUUACUCUGCUCUCCGUCCUGACCCCUCUGACCUUCCCACACCAGCUAAGCUAAGCCAAUUACUUCCAUUGCUUUGUGUGCGAUCGUGAACGCAACUGUAAGCUUUUGACUCAUCAAAAAUAACACAAAAAAAAAAUACAUUUCCGCUACUUAGUAUGCAAACCAAAACUAAUUUGAAUUUGAAAGAUGAUAAUAUUCAUAUUUGAUAUAUCAAACUAGGAAAAAAAAGAAACCAUUGCAUCAUUUAUGAUAGUUUUGGUCUAGUAAAUCUCAAAACAUACUUUUCUGUAAAUAUAAUACAUGUAAACCUACAUUUAAAGUAUGUGCAAACACACAGUUUUCCACUCUCCACGUGCCUGUCUAUAAUAGUUUCUGAUAUUUGUAUUGAAUUGGGCUAAUCAGUGUCGGAUAUAAAUAUGCCAUUGUUAAAAUAUACACGGUUACUGGAUUUCUUUCUUGUGUUUUGCAUUUACCAAUGGGUCAUU